CACACACACACUCACACACACACAGGAGUUCAUUCUUGUGUGCACCAGGUUAACAACAUGGGUAAACACUGGCCUGCAGUUUUUACAUUGAUUUUAGCUCUCGGUGCAUAUGUGCACUUUGACACAGCUUUUGCUAAAGGGGCUAAAGUCAAAACAACAGCAAAGCCAGGAAUGUGCCCGCAGAGGAAAUGGGGUGUAGGGCUGUGUGCUGAGUUCUGCUCCAGUGACAGUGACUGCCCCAACAAUGAGAAAUGCUGCUCCAAUGGAUGUGGACAUCAGUGCACCGCACCAUUCACAGUGAAGCGUGGCCGCUGCGCUCGGCCCCAGGGAACCCCCAUGUGUGCUGAGUACUGCUAUCAUGAUGGUCAGUGUCCGGGAGAGCAGAAGUGCUGCAGGACAACCUGCGGUCACGCCUGCAGCGAGCCCUGCUGAGUGGACUGCCACCGACUCCCCUGCAUGUGGGCACUUGUUUGGUUUAUUUCACGCAGCCACACAGAAAAAAUGCUUAACGUUUCUAACUUUUUUCACGGCUAUUACUUCUUGGUCAAAUAUCUGGGCACCACUUUGCACAAACUUUCAUUCUCUGGGUUGGUAGAGUAAAGUGCAAGACCUGUAAAGGGUUUUUCUGCACCCGUACUUGAAGUUAACGCAAAUAUCAAAAAGUUUUUGUUAAUACUUUGUUUAUUAAGUCAUGAAAUCUACACUUGGAAAAUCAAAGACUAUGAAAUAAUGUAUUGUUGAUUACUGUCUUGUAGAGAAAAAGGGUUCACUUACAUUUCCUUUCCUGUACUCCAAAGUGAUUAGUGGGUAUUUUGUGCCUCAGAAUAUUUACAAAUAUACUUAAUUAGUUUAUACCUUCUUAAUCCUUUAAUGUCAGUAAUUUGUUCGUGGAUUUCUGUACGAUUGGUAGUACUGUAUAUUCUAAGCCUUCUAAAUGGAUGAAAAAUGUACUGCAGUUAUUUUUAUAUCUCUUCCUCGUGGAGUUAUGGGAUGUUUUCUAUUUCAUUGUAUUUCAAAAAAUAAAAAGAAUUCAGCAUUUA